ACUCCCUCAAUUACUUUAAGUAUGAGCUUCACUGUCUAAAACACCCACACCACACCCUUACUUAUCUUUCCUUUUCAUUUUCUCACUUUCUUCCUCAAUGGACUCUUCUGUUUCUCAGCAAUGGCUGCUCUUGCUUCUCAUUUCCACUGCUGUAAUUGUCUUCGCCCGUGCCGAACUCCCAGGCACGUGGGAACUCCUCGUGGAGAACGCCGGCAUAUCCUCCAUGCACACGGCCGUCACCCGCUUCAACACCGUGGUGCUCCUAGACCGCACCAACAUCGGCCCGUCGCGCAAAAUGCUCCGCAAGGGUCACUGCCGCAGCGACCCAAACGAUGCCGUUCUCAAGCACGACUGCUACGCCCACUCCGUGCUCUUCGACCCCCAGACCAACCAAAUUCGACCGCUCAUGAUCAACACCGACACGUGGUGCUCAUCCGGACAGUUCCUCCCGGACGGGUCUUUGUUACAAACUGGUGGGGACCUGGACGGGUUUAAAAAGAUCCGAAAGUUCGACCCGUGCGAGCCGAACGGGUCGUGCGACUGGGUGGAGCUUGCUGACGUGGAAUUGUCGGCAGGGAGGUGGUACGCUACGAACCAGAUUUUACCGGACGGUUCGGUGAUUAUAGUUGGCGGGAGAGCGGCGAACACGGUGGAGUAUUACCCGCCGCGCAACGGCGCCGUUUCCCUCAAUUUCCUUGCUGACAUGGAGGACACUCAGAUGGACAACUUAUACCCUUACGUGCAUCUCCUUCCCAACGGCCACCUCUUCAUCUUCGCGAACAACAAAGCAGUGUCGUACGAUCACGUGGUAGAUAAAAUCGUGAGAGAAUAUCCACAGUUGGAUGGUGGCCCGCGUAAUUACCCAUCGGCCGGAUCAUCCGCAAUGCUGGCCUUAGAUGGCGACUACUCAACGGCCGUGAUCGUGGUUUGCGGUGGGGCCCAGUACGGCGCGUUCACCGAGAGGAGCACGGACACCCCAGCGCACGGUAGCUGCGGGCGCAUCGUGGCAACAUCGCCCGACCCAGUUUGGCAAAUGGAGGACAUGCCGUUCGGGCGGAUCAUGGGGGACAUGGUCAUGCUCCCAACCGGCGACGUAUUGAUCAUCAACGGAGCGCAAGCUGGGACCCAGGGGUUCGAGCAGGCAUCCAACCCGUGCCUGUACCCGCUUCUCUACCGACCAGAUCAACCCGUCGGGUUACGGUUCAUGACGUUGAACCCGGGAACCGUGCCCCGAAUGUACCACUCUACCGCGAAUUUAUUACCGGACGGCCGGGUACUAAUUGCGGGUAGCAACCCGCAUUACUUUUACAAAUUCAACGCCGAGUUUGCCACCGAGUUGCGACUCGAAGCUUUUUCGCCCGAGUAUUUGGGUCCGGACCGGGCGAAUCUCCGACCCGUGAUUGAGGGGGUUCCCGAAACGGUGCGUUACGGCGAGCGUUUUGAUGUUUUGGUGUCGGUUUCGUUGUCCGUGGUGGGAAUUGUGGAAGUUAUUGGGAACGCGCCUUUUGCCACACAUUCGUUUUCGCAGGGUCAGCGGCUGGUCAAAUUAGCCGUUACGCCCUCCGUGCCGGACGGUGACGGCCGUUAUAGAAUUAGCUGUACGGCUCCGCCAAAUGGGAUGGUUGCUCCACCGGGUUAUUACAUGGCGUUCGCCGUCAAUCAGGGCGUGCCAAGUGUCGCCCGUUGGAUACAUUUGGGGUCUUAGUUAAGGACUUCAAUUUAUUGUCAAUUUCUUUGUACUUUGAAAAUCUAGAGGUUUUAGAAGAAUUCUAAGUGUGGAUAUGAAAACGUAUGAUUUGAUUUAUGAAGUUGAAAUGGAACUUGUCGGACGACUAGAAAAGCAAACGAUGAUUAUGCUGCUUAAAGUCCUUAAUUAUCAUUUCUUAAAAUCAAUUUAGUACAACUCUGAAUUUAACAUUCGAAAGAGAAAUUCCACUUGAAUUUUGGAUAUUCCAGAA